AAGUAGCAAUACAAUUAGUUGCCCCUCAAACAACGUUCCAAACUAACCAAAAUAUAAAAAGUAGUUCCACGCAAUGAAAGCAUACAUUACGGUGUGCCUGUUUUUUAGCAUCGUCCUUAGUUCCGGUAAAGCCGCCUGUCCGGAAACGGAAGAUGUUGUAUGGGCUCUCGAUAUCCGUAGAAACUACUGUGAAAAUUUUCGCAAUAAGUGUUACUUUGACGAAGCAAAAGGUCAAGGUUUCAAUAUAACUACCAAGGAGAAAUGCCAGAUAUACUGCCCAGAGACUUGCAUACUUUUGCUUUCGCCGACGAAAGCCACAUAUAGGGGAAAGACUCAAGAGUUUCCCAAUGACUGUUUCAGACGGUCUCAUAACUGCGUCACUGGCGCAACUUAUAUUAAUACAAAAUUAAAAAAAAUAUAAAAAAUAUAAAGAAAUCUGUACAGUUAUGUAGAUAUUUCCCUAAAUGUAAAUCAUGUUUAAAAUAAACUUCAUUUUUAUACAGAGUGAGAGUGAAUGCAAA